GGUAUCCUAUUCCAAGCAGACUCGCCCCAAGCCGUGGAGCCCGCGAAGCAAACGAAUCAGAAAAGCUAUCGUUCGUCAUGUAUAACCCAAAUAUUUUUUCUUAAUUAAGAAUAGAUUAUUUUCAACAAGAACCCUCCCGCUGUUUCCUCUAGGGUUGGGAAGCAGGGGCUUGUCAAUCUGUUUGAAUUAUAUUUAUCGACGCAGAAACACGCACCCAACUUUGUACCUAAGCUUCACAAAAAUGGGUGGAUCAGUGAAAGAUGUGCAAUCAAAGGCGGAGCUUGAUAAUCUUAUUCGCACUGGUGUACCAGUUAUCCUUCAUUUCUGGGCUUCGUGGUGUGAUGCUUCUAAGCAUAUGGAUCAAGUCUUCUCCCACUUGUCUACCGAUUUCCCUCAUGCAAAUUUCUUCAGGGUUGAAGCUGAAGAGCAGCCGGAAAUAUCUGACGCUUAUUCGGUUUCUGCUGUGCCUUACUUUGUCUUCUGCAAGGAUGGCAAGACCUUUGAUACAUUAGAGGGUGCAGAUCCAUCAAGUUUGGCCAAUAAGGUUGCUAAAGUUGCUGGUUCAAUUAAUCCUGGAGAUGCUGCUUCACCUGCUAGCCUUGGUUUAGCUGCAGGGCCCACUGUUCUGGAAACAGUAAAAGAAAUGGCAAAGGAAAAUGGAUCUCCAAAGGGAACAAGUCAAGUGCAACCAGGGCUUAGUGAUGCUUUAAAAAGGCGAUUGCAGCAUCUCAUUGAGUCUCAACCUAUUAUCCUAUUCAUGAAAGGGAGCCCUGAGGAGCCCAAAUGCGGAUUCAGCAAAAAAGUUGUUGAAAUUUUGAGCAAGGAAAAGGUCAAGUUUGGAACUUUUGACAUCCUUUCAGACAAUGAGGUUCGUGAGAGCUUGAAGAAAUUUUCUAACUGGCCCACAUAUCCCCAAUUAUACUGCAAAGGAGAGCUUCUGGGUGGUUGUGACAUUGUAAUUGCUAUGCAUGAGAGUGGUGAAUUGCAGGAGGUGUUCAAAGAUCAUGGAAUUGAUACCAAUGCAGACGCAAAAGUAACAGAAUCUGUUAAUUCGAAGGGAGGCAUAUCAGAAUCAACUGGUUUGAGUACAAUGUUAACCUCCCGACUGGAAAACCUAAUAAACUCAAGCCCAGUAAUGCUGUUUAUGAAGGGAAAACCAGAUGAACCAAAGUGUGGUUUCAGCAGAAAGGUUGUUGAAAUUCUCGGGCAAGAAAAUGUCCCCUUUCAAAGCUUUGACAUUCUUGCUGAUGAGGAAGUCCGUCAAGGCCUUAAAGUUUACUCUAACUGGUCUAGUUACCCUCAACUUUAUAUCAAGGGUGAACUUAUCGGCGGAUCAGACAUCGUGUUGGAGAUGCAAAAAAGUGGAGAACUCAAGAAGGUCUUGCUUGAAAAGGGGAUUAUCCGAGAGGUGGAUCUUCAUGAUCGCCUGAAAAAAUUGAUAGCUUCCUCACCUGUCAUGCUCUUCAUGAAAGGCACCCCAGAUGCCCCAAGAUGCGGCUUCAGUUCCAAAGUUGUCGAUGCCCUGCAAGCCGAGGGCAUAAGUUUCAGCUCCUUUGAUAUUCUAACCGAUGAGGAGGUGAGACAGGGAUUGAAGGUGUUCUCAAAUUGGCCAACCUUUCCACAACUGUACUACAAAGGUGAGCUGAUAGGUGGUUGCGACAUUGUGAUGGAGCUGCGAAACAAUGGCGAACUUAAGUCUACUCUAUCAGAGUAGGGUAAUUUCAACUACAUUGAAUAACUGGGAACAUUUCGUAGGAGCCAUUAUAGCUGAAUGUGUCGGAUUGAAUCUUAUGAGAAUUUUGAUCCUGGUUCCAGGAUUACUGUUGCUGUAAUGUUCUAUGUUUGCAUAGCACUUAUAAAUCGCUGUCAUAUUCGAAGUA